AUGGUUUCUAUAUCUACACUCCUACAUGGAGGAUUCUUAUUGGUUGGCCAAAGUGCAUAUCAAGAUGUUGCAAAUCCUCAACAGGCAUCAGUCGAACAGUAUAAUAUAGUCCGAUUUCUAGGUGGUGCUGGACCCUACAUUCAAAACCCAGGCCACGGUAUUUCAACAGAUAUACCAGAUCAAUGCACAAUUGAACAAGUGCAAUUGAUUCUGAGGCAUGGCGAGCGGUUUCCCAGCUCUAACGCAGGAAAGCAAUAUGAGCACAUUAUGCAGAAAUUCGAAGAUUACAAUGGCACAUUCAAAGGACAGUUAUCAUUCUUGAACGACUAUACUUAUUUCGUAUCAAAUCUGGAUAUGUAUGAUCUCGAAGUCAGUCCUUCGAAUUCACGUAGUCCCUACGCUGGAACCACAAAUGCCUUGAAGCAUGGUGCGGCUUUUAGAGCUAGAUACAACUCUUUAUACAACGACUCAAAUACUAUUCCUGUUUUCACCACGAGUAAUACUAGAGUAUACGAUACGUCCCAAAGUUUUAUUAGAGGCUUUAUGGGCCAAGAGUAUGACGGGAGAAAAGUUGACACUGUCAUUUUAUCUGAAGGUAGUGAAAUGGGUGCAAAUAGCUUGACUCCUGCAAGUGCGUGCAGUGCGUGGGAUUCAGAGGAGAAUAAAAGUAUUUUGAGCCAGUAUUCCAAUGAGUAUCUUCAUAAUGCAUUAAAAAGGCUUUUAAAACUUAACCCAGGGUUGAAUUUGACUACUGAUGAUGUUUAUAACAUGUUUGGUUGGUGUGCAUAUGAAAUCAACGUGAAAGGUGAAUCACCGUUCUGCGAUUUAUUUACUAACGAAGAAUUCAUUAAAUAUGAAUACUCAGUCGAUCUCUCAGAUUAUUAUUCAGAUGGUCCAGGUAAUUCGGUCAUAAAACCAAUCGGAUCGGUACUCCUAAAUGCAUCCUUACAAUUGUUAAAAGACGAAACUCUGCCAAACAAAAUUUUUAUGUCGUUUACUCACGAUACUGAUAUAACCAAUUAUAUAUGCGGUGGAUUGGGCUUAUUCGAGCCAGAUCAUCCUUUGUCUGCUGAUCAUAUACCAUUCGUUAAUCCAUACGUUCGUUCUCAUAUUGUCCCACAAGGAGCACGGGUUUAUACAGAAAAACUUAAAUGCUCGAACCGAAGUUAUGUCAGGUAUAUUGUUAAUGAUUCAGUUAUUCCAAUCAAUAAUUGUACUUCUGGCCCAGGAUUCUCAUGCGGCAUGACCGAAUUCGAAGAAAUAGUGAAAAACAGGUUGGAUGGGGUUGAUUACGCCAAACUGUGUAAAAUUGGUAAUGCAACCAGUGAUUUAACAUUUUACUGGGAUUAUACUAAAGUUAAAUACGAUGCACCUCUUAAGAAGGCGUCUUAUUAG